UCAAUGACACGUGUCCCCUCCCCUGACGUAUCCACCUUCUCCUAGAAUCAUCUUUCCCCCAAAGACUGUAUAUAAAUCUCAGAAGCUCGCAAUUACCAAAAACCCUAACCAUGGCUGCUUUCAGAUUAAUUAAUAAACCAGCGUACUGGAAAUCAAUGGCGAAACAGCUUCAAGGCGCCUCAAAUUUCGCCACGUGGACGUCCCCCAAAUCGAAGCCCUACGCCGCCGCCGCAGAAGAGCAGCUCAACCGUCCGCCGGGAGGGAUUAAAUCCAAGUUGCCGAAGGGGGAUUUGGUGCCGGUGUGCGUGGCGGUGGGGAUGAUCGUGGUGUCGGCGGGGUUCGGGGUCUACACGGCGGCGCACCAGCUGGGGCGGGCGCCGAACGUAGCGGUGAAGAAGUCGCGGCGGGAGACGAUCCCGGAGGUGGUGGCGCCGGAGGCGGUGGCGGAGGACGCCGAGAAGUUCCUCCGCGGGUCGUUCUUCCGGAAGGUUGCGCACAUUCAGGACGCCGACCGCCAGGAAGUCAUGUCCGAUCCUAUCCGUGGCGACGUAUAUGCCAGGGGGAGGAGAGUGGAGACGUUGAAGGAUGUUGGAGUGGAUCCACGUCAUCCUCAGCCAGCAGCAGCUAAUUAAUGGAUAAUUAUGAUUUAAGUUCAGUUGAUGUAUUUAUUAUACUGUAUGGAGCUAAGCUAGUUAUGUGUUGGUAAUGAAGUGGAAUGCAUGUACGGACAAUCGGCUACCACAGUUACCUUUGUACAUAAAAAUGCAUCCAUGUUCAGUUCUGGGUAA